AUGUUACCAAGAGUAUUCAUUGACUGGAAUAUCGACGGCGAAUACGCUGGUAGAUUGAUAUUUGAAUUAUACAGCGACAAAGUACCAAAGACGGCCGAGAACUUCAAAUCCCUCUGUACGGGUGAGAGAGGAUCAGAUGAGGCUACAGGAAACAGCCUCACCUACAAGAACUCCAUCUCUCACCGCAUAAUCAAAGGUUUCAUGAUACAGUUUGGUGAUAUCACAAAUGGAAACGGUACGGGUGGUUUGUCCAUCUAUGGAGGUAAAUUCGAGGAUGAGAACUUUGAUCUUAAGCAUACGAAGCGCGGUCAAUUGUCCAUGGCUAAUGCAGGUCCCGACACAAAUGGAUCUCAAGUGUUUGUUACUUUUUGCCCCUGCCCGCAUUUAGAUGGAAGACAUGUCGUUUUCGGUGAACUUGCUAAAGGCAAAGGAUUGCUGCGUAGACUCGAAAAUACACAAACUGUUGACAACGACUUCCCUGCCGUCGACGUGCGUAUCGUUGAUUCAGGUUUAGUCCGAGAGGGAGAGGAUGACGGUGUACCUCCACUCUCAAUUGGUGAUCAUGAGGAUUACCCUGAAGACGAUGACGCAGAGACUGAGAAGCCAGAAGUAGCGUUGGAGAUAGCUCAAUCAAUUAAAGACAAGGGAGCUCAAUGCUUCAAGCAGCAGGACGUUGAAGGAGCUUUAGAUCAAUGGGAGAAAGCUAUAAGAUACCUUGACGUUAAUCCAGUUUUGCCCGAGGAAACUGCGAACGUUACCAAAGCAUUAUACUCAACAACGAGAGUACAAUUAUACUUGAACGCUUCUUUAGCCGCUCUCAAGUUAAACAAAGCGCCUGUAGCCGAGUCAAUGGCAACGAAAGCUAUCAGAGUACCACCAACUAAGAGUCAAGACAUAGCCAAGGGUUUGUACAGGAGAGCGCUUGCAAAAUCAGCACGUAAGAAUGAUGCCGGUGCUCUUGACGAUCUCCAUUACGCAAUCAAAGUCGAACCUCAAGACAAAAACAUACAUAGCCAAAUAGCUACCCUCGAAAAGAAGGUGGAGGGCUUCAAAUUGAAAGAAAAACAAGUUUACAGUAAAAUGUUUGAAUAA